UACGAAGCGCGUUGAACCAGACAUCAGUGCUACUUGCAUGUGAGAGAGAGGGCAAGAGAAUAUGUCCGCGUGUUUUAACCAGAUCUACUGCUGUGUGUAUGUGUGCACCGUUUACAGCGUUUCUUGAUGAGCUAUUUCCCUGACUAGCACAAAACCGGACGUGGAUUGUAGCAAGUAUUCGGCAAAUUGGUAGACACGAUAGAUCUUACACAACGCUUUUUGAAUUAUAAAAAUCCAAUAGAUCCCACGUGCUGCUCCCCAACUUUAGCGUUGUCGUGGUUACCACAAUACCAUUCAUGUGUCAUCGCCCGACGACAAUUGUUACCGUGUUCCUUACAUUUAUACCUACGGAUUCUUGUUCCUCGAAUUGUCGUUGUAUUCUUCUUCGGGUACGGUACCAUUUUCUCACCUACGACAGUACCCCGCGGUGACGAUGCCCCGGAGGAGGCGCAUGCCAAGCACCAAUCCACAUUAUCCCCUUGGAAACACUACCGGAACCCUACGACUCUCGCCAGUGCAGAACAAGUUGUUGCAAGAUAGUGCUCAGGAUACGCAGGACUGCCAGGUAUCGUCCACCACAACAAGUUUAAUGCAAGAAAUUCAAAGUUUUCCGAUUGUCACAAACCAGCAACUUCAACAAAAUGACCCCGAACUGGAUGCUGACAAGAAAACCAUUGUGAACCACCCACUCUAUCCUCUUCUGGCGGCAUUACUGCAACAAUGCGAACUUGCCUCAGCCAGACCAGAUUCCCCUCCCCCACUGGACGCAUUCACCGAAGAGCUUCGUACCUACGUACAACGGCAGUUUGAAAUGGAAGAUGCCGAUCUAAUCAAAUCGAAGCUAAAAGACAAGGACUACUAUCCCAGCACCUUCACCGACCAGCAUCCAUACAACAAUACUAUCUCGAGCGGUGUCACUGGCGGUCGUCUCACGAGAGCCGGCAGUAGGUACAAACAGAAUGGAGCAGGCGAGUUGUUGGGAGGCAACAAAAAUAUGCGGCCGCAUUCUCGAGAAUGCCGAGGAGAUAAGACAAAGGAGUCCGCAGACAAGUCAAAUAGCCUGAUGGAUGUGGACUAUCCUCAUGACCCAAUGGGUCCAGGGCUGGAUUCGGGACCAUUUGAAGAGGAUCGGAAAUUGAAUGUGUUUGUAAACGACCGUGAACUGGAUGAGCUAAUCGUCAAGGCCAUUCAAGUUCUCCGAAUACAUCUACUGGAGUUGCACAAAGUGAAUGAACUUUGCAAGGAUUUCUGUUCGCGGUAUAUUCACAGUCUGAAAACCAAAUUUCAGUCUGAUCCAAUGAUUCAAGAUUCCCAACCUUCAUCACCCGGUGAUUCUGAGGUUCAAUCUCCAGGUCCUUCUGGAGCGUACAGCUCAAGAUACUUUCCCAGUGGUGUCCCUCCUUUUAUGUGCCAAUCGUCUGCUGAACUUGUCCCUCCGGAAUUUCGAAGACGUCCUUUGACCGGUCUGGAAGAAGAACAGUUCCGACUAGCAGCCGGUUCCACAGACUUGGGUGGUUGCCCCCGAUCAGGCUAUUCACAGCUGAAUGGACACGGGUCAUCGUACGGCGCAUCGGGGGAUAUCGGUGGCCUGUGUUACACGCCCAACUAUCAUCUGCUUGACUACGGGACCGGUCAGUUUGGUUCGAAAACCGGUGAGGAGCACAACGAUGCCUUUGGUCAACUCCAUCCAUUCCUAUCGCCGUACAGCGCAGCAGCAGCCGCGGUUAACAGUGCGGCAUUUCAUGCCAGACUGGAUAAUCUGUGCGUUGAUGGGAAACAAAAACGCGGUGUUCUGCCUAAACGGGCCACACAAAUUAUGAAACAGUGGCUAUUCCAACAUCUUGUGGAAACUACGCACAAGGCUGCUGAAAACUCUUCGACAGCCCACGACCGGUUUCGCCCUUCCACUUUGGGGUCAUCAGGUAGGCGCAGCCCCCAAGUUUCCGUCAACCUUAUGAUCUAUUUCGUGGUUUUUUUUACGUGA